UUGAACUUUCGCUAAUCUACAGCUAACCGUUACUAACAUUUUCGUUUGUUUGCCGUGGAGUGUUUAAUCCUUUCGUGUGAAUACUUUUAACUCUCAUCAUAACAUCCUGCACCCGGGGAAAAAAAACUGCGAUAUCAUAAAACGCUGUGGGUGUGCUAACGCUUGCCGAGCUAACGUCCGCUUGGAUAAAGUUGUAACAGAAACGCCUGAAGCUGGGGCUGUUGGAAUUUGCGUUGGAAUCUCAUUUUUGCCACAUUACAACGGAUCAAAUGAUCAUAAUUAUUUAAAUCCUGUAACAUCCGCGUGUUUAUCAAUGAGAUGUGGCAGCUCAUGGAAUGCAGGGAUUUAUGAAGCAGCCAAUUGAAAUGUCUUCAAUUCAAGGACUUCCUGCCCGAGGAUCAGAAACAUCCAUUGUCAUAACCAGGGUUCACAUACACCCUCUGUGUGAACUUGUUGAAUUUUGGGCAAAAUUUAACCAGGAGGGGGCAGCAGACUAUCUUAGCCUGCUCAAGAUCAUUCAGUCUCCUGGUAAUCUAUUCAAAGAGUUUGAGGGAAAUCCUGGAGAUCAGUGCUUGGCUCUGAAAGAUGGUGUCUGGUACAGAGCUCGCAUUGUGUCACGAAAUGGACCACAGCACGUUGUGUAUCUCAUUGACAAAGGCAUAACCUAUAGCACAAUCACAACAAUGCUUGCUUGGGGUAGGAAAGAGUACUUUCACUUGCCCCCUGAAGUGGAAUUUUGUGUGCUCGCGAAUGUUGUAUCUGUGUCUCCUGAUAACAGGUGGUCUCCAGUGGCGUUGGAGUUUUUAAAGUCUCUCACUGGUAGAUCUGUAAAGGCUCAUGUUCAGGAAAUCGUGAUGCUGCAUCGAAUGUUUGUAUUGCACAUCCCUUGCAUAGCACAACAAAUGUAUGAGAUGGGAUUUGCAAGGAAGUUACCUACAGAAAUGUUCCAGGACUUUUUGUUCCCACCACUCCAGGAUAAAAGUGGGCCCACACUACCUCAAGAACCGCAGUCUGUUGUCUCCUUAGGAAUGGGUGAGAGGCUGAGCAAGAAAGAGAUGUUCAUGUACCCAGAACUACAAGCAGGAACAGUGGAGACUGUUGUUGUCACAGAAGUCACAAAUCCACAGAGGAUCUUCUGCCAGUUGAAGGUUUUUUCUCAAGAACUAAAAAAACUGUCAGAGCAGCUUACACAGAGCUGUGAUGGCAGAACCACUACAUGCACUGUUGCCCCUGAAAUGAUUGGCUUUCCCUGUGCUGCACGGGGGUCUGACGGUAAAUGGUACCGCUCUAUACUUCAGCAGAUGUUUCCAGCCAACAAGGUGGUAGAAGUGUUGAAUGUAGACUAUGGCAUCAAACAGAUUGUGCAAGUGGAGAACGUGAGACCACUGGCCUCUGAGUACUUUAAGAUGCCUGUUGUGACGUACAACUGUUCCCUCCAUGGAAUCAUUGACAAAGGUGUUGGAUGGACCACUGCUCAAAUCGACUAUCUCAGGACACUGCUUCUGUUUAAGACCAUCAUUGCCAAGUUUGAGUACCAAAGCAUUACAGAAGGUGUUUACUAUGUGACGCUCUAUGGAGACGAAAACUCCAACAUCAACAGCUUGUUUGGUUCCAAGGAGAGUUGCUUACUGCAGUGUGAGAAAACACUAGGUGACUAUGCCAUUCGCACAAGUGGACACAGCCGUAACAGUACCUCUGCAAAACAAAAAAAGAUGGGAGCGACAGAGGAGAACAAAAAGAGAUUGAAUUCACUGCCUGUCGAUCAUCUUUCUGUCAAGUCCACUUAUGUUGCAUUUGUACAGUAUGUAUCUAGUCCAUCAGAAUUUUGGAUACAAACACAAAACUUUGCAAAUGAGUUGGAUGCUUUGAUGGACAAACUGGCUAACUUGUACCAAAAAGAUUUAAAUGAUGAUAUGGUCAAAAACCCAACUGUUGGUCUCUAUUGUGCAGCCAAAGCUGAAGAUGGCGAGUACUACAGAGCUGUUGUAACACAGGUUGGCAAUUCAGAAGUGAAGGUGCAUUUUGUGGAUUAUGGUAACUGUGAGGCAGUGGAAAAUCGUUUCAUCAAAACUCUACCUGAUGAGUUUAAAAAGUUGCCACUACUUGCACUCAAAUGCUCGCUUGCUAAUGUUAGACCAAAAGCUGGAGAAUGGAGUCAAGAAGCAUGCGAGCUGUUCUCUAAAACAGUAAUGGAUAGAACACUUGAUGUACAUGUGGUAACUAAGUCUGAUGAUUGCCAUUUUGUUAAAGUGACAGACCCAGAAGCACAAGGAGAAAAAGAUCUGGCUAAGCUAUUAUGUGCGACUGGUUUUGCAGAAAAAGAUGAAACUAGGGGACACUUAAUGGUAAAAACGAGCUCACAGUUUGCUCCUUCUAUGGCACAGUAUAGUGGAACAUCUUUUCAGCCUCAGAACAAUGUCUCUGGUGGCAGUGAACAAAAACUAGUUACAUUCAAGGAGCAGAUGUUUUCCAUUGGAAGUGUUCUUGAUGUCAAUGUGUCUUACAUUGAAAGCCCAAAUGACUUCUGGUGUCAGUUAGUGCAAAGUGCUGGACAUCUGAAGUUGCUGAUGUAUGACAUGCAGACCCAUUACAGAAAUAGUGAGUUUCAGCCUCUUACAGAAACAGCCUGUGUUGCCCGCCAUCAAGAAAAUGGCUUAUGGUACAGAGCUCUUAUUGUCCAUAAGCAUAGCACUCCUCAUGUUGAUGUGUUGUUCAUUGACUAUGGCCACACAGAGACGGUUAAUAUCUUGGACUUGAGGAAAAUAGAAAAGGAGUUUAUGACACUUCCGGGCCAAGCGUUUCGAUGCAGUCUCUUUAACCCUGUUGACCCCACAUCAGCCAUCAAUGACUGGACAGAAGAGGCUGUGGACAGGUUCCAUACCUUUGUUGAAACUGCUGCAAACAACUUUGUGAUUUUGAAGUGUACUAUUUAUGCCGUGAUGUACAGCGAGCAGAAGAUUGUGUUCAACAUUGUUAAUCUGGAGACUCCUUUUGAAAGCAUCUGCACCAAUCUGGUCAAUUUGGUUAAAAGUGCUCCCCCUUCAGGCCCCUCUUUCCGCCUUGACACAUACUACUAUUCCACUCAUAAUGUGAAAACAGGAACUGAGGAGCAAGUCACUGUAACAAAUGUGAAAAAUGUCAGCCACUUCUACUGCCAGCUCAGACGCAAUGCUGAUGUGCUCAGAGAUCUACAGCUAAAAGUAAACAUUCUGUGUGAGCAACUUCUGACAGUAAAGAUCCCCCCUGUGUUUGGAACCUUGUGCUUUGCCAGAUACACAGAUGGACAUUGGUACAGGGGCCAAAUCAAAGCUACAAAACCAUCUGUACUUGUGCAUUUUGUAGAUUACGGUGAUACUAUUGAGGUCGAUAAAGAUGACCUUCUUCCUGUCCCCAAAGAAGCAUCGGAUAUCAUGGCUGUGCCCGUUCAAGCUGUUUUGUGCAGUUUAUCUGACAUCCCUGACAAUGUUCCUUCAGAGGUCAACAGUUGGUUUGAGACUAGUUCCACAGAGUGUGAUUUCAGAGCUCUCAUUGUUGCCAAAGAAACUGAUGGGAAGCUGGUAGUUGAGCUGUAUCAGGGUAAAGGCCAAGUUAACACUAAAAUCAAGAAGUUGUUUGAGCUUGAGAUAAAGACAGAAGAACCUAAAGCCAAGUCUAGUGAGCCUACAGUGAAGCCCAUCUCAAAGGAAUCACUAGCAGAAGCUAAGCACAGCACUUAUAACAAUUCAUUUGUUCUCAAAUCACAAAUGACUAAACAAAAUGAGUCAGUGAGUAAAAAGAUGCACCCUCAAACCAGACCUCGUCAAAAUGUCAAAGGGAACCUGCAGCUGUACAGGCCUCCACAGCAAAGGGAAUCAAAUGGUCAAACAUCAAAUGGGACACAAAAAUAUAAAGGAUCAGCUCAUGCCAAGGAAAAUGUAAGACCAAAAUAUACAGAACUUACCAAGCAAAAAGACCGAAACCCGGAAAUUCAAACAAAGCCAAAUGAACAAGAUAGCAAGCAACACACCCCAGGUCCUAGCACGGAAAGUUGGAUUGAUGACAGUAGUGUUCCUCAACCAAAAAUUGAAAAACUACCAAAACUUGUUGACUUGCCAUCCAAAUCAAUUACAAGUGGUAUGGUUGCAGAUGUGUACAUCUCACAUUACAACAGUCCACUGAGUUUCUAUGUGCAGUUGGUCAAAGAGGAGAAUGAUAUUUUAUCUAUUGUAGAAAAGCUCAAUGACACAAAAACUUCCUCUGAAUCUGACACCAUCACAGAAUUGCUUCCAGGGGACCUUGUUCAGGCAGAGUUCUCAGAUGAUUCGUCCUGGUAUCGCGCAGUCGUAAAAGAAAAACAAGAUAAAGCAACAGUUCUGGUUGAGUUUGUUGACUUCGGAAACACUGCAACUGUUCCUGUUUCAAAAAUGCGCAAGCUUGAUAAAACUUUCCUUAGACUUCCUGCAUAUAGUACUCACUGUUUGCUGAAAAGUGCAGCUGGUCUUGAAAAAGUCUUGGACACAGAGGUAUUGUCUGCUUUUGAAUCUGCCAUUGAUAAUGUUGGAGAAAAACUGUUACAGUGCAAGUUCAUUCAACAGUCCGGAACUGUGUGGAAAGUCAGUCUUCAGGAUAAUGGUGUUGAAAUUGAUUGUAAGCCAACUAGUGUGAAAAACCAAUCUGAUAGCACCUUGUCACAGGUCAAAGAGCUUCCAUUUAAGGCAAAAGCGGCAGAAUCUUGCUCGUUACGAUUCAAGCAGCAAGAAUUCCAAGAUGGACAACAGCUCGAGGUAUACAUCUCAUCUAUAACUGAUGCUCAGUCAUUCUGGUGCCAGUCUGCAGACACGGGAGAGCUGGAGCAAAUAUCCGAAAGUGUUGCAAAAGCAGGGAACUCUGCAGAUCCCAAGAACAUUGAUUCCCUUUCGGUUGGAAGCCCUUGCAUUGCUCUGUUUUCAGAAGAUCAACUUUGGCAUCGAGCUGAAUUGUUGAAUAGAAUUGGAGAUGAAGUAUCGCUUCUGUUUGUUGAUUAUGGAAACACCUCCCAAGUGAAAAUUGGUGAUUUGAGAGAAAUACCUCCCCAACUAAUCCAAACCCCACUGCAGGCCUUCUUAUGUGAACUAGAAGGUUUUGAUUCCUCUGAAGGAUCUUGGGAAAGUAGUGCUGCAGAUAUGUUUUCAGCGCUCACCGUGGACCAACUUCUACAACUGACUGUGAGCAAAGUAACCAAGGAAGAUGGCAAAACUAAAUGUUAUGUGCACCUGGAAUGUGAAGGCCUUGUGAUCAAUGAGUCCAUGAGAGAGUUUUGGAAGAGUAAAGGGUCAGAAGUUUUAAAAGAAUCUGAAACCUCCAUUGAGACUGAACCUCUAAGUGAACUAGAAACUGUUCAAUUAGAGGAACCAAAGAAAGAACAGUCUUGUGAAGUUUCUGCCACUUUGGACCAAAGUUUGAGUGAAGUGAUUGAGGAGUUAAUAGAAGAACAAACUGACACAGAAACUGGUUCUCUGGACUUUGAGACUUCAGAGUCCUUGGUUGAAGUUGACGAGAAUCUGAUAUUGGCAGAUGAUACUCAAGUCAGUCUGGAAAACUCUGGUGUGUCAUUUGUUGUGCCAUUAGAACAAGAUGAAAACCAGAUGUGCAGCACAUCCUCUGGCUCACAAAUCCUUGAGAGCCUAGACAUUAACAUCUCUGCUAUAACACCUGAACCCCCUGAUGCCUCCACAUAUGACAUGGCCAUGGAGGAGACUUUGUUAUAUUGCACUAGUGAUGAAAGUGAAGAUCUGAGUUCAAGUUAUGAGGCAAGAUUGAUGGACCAAGACCUAGAAGAACAAGAUUUAUUAGUAUUGGACACCACAGGACCUGAAGAUAUGGGGUCCCCACUGGACGAAUGUUUCCUGGAGGCCAUGGAUGAGUCAAGCUUCACAGAGACACCGUUUGAGUCUCCAUAUAAAGAAGCAGGAGAUGACCCGGACACCUGCAAAUUUUCAGCUCAAAAUCAGAAUCCUGACAUCCCAAGUGUGAAAACCUGGCCUCCCAUUGUGAAGAGAGCAGCAAGAUUGGUUCCUUGCUUGGCUCUGACUCUGAGAGGUAAGAUCAGUCCAGAGCAAGAGACCCCAGAUGAACCCUCCUUAGGGUCACUGCAGGUAGAGAUGAAACUGCAGUUGCAGAAUGAAGAUUUGUCUUUGGUGCCCUCAAAAGAUUUGCCUCAGGAUUUAUUCUACCAGGAUAUGGAAACCUCAGAGACUGUAAUUCCUGAAACGCCAGGUUCUGUCAGCAUGACAGCAGCUCAAAUGGUGCCCUGUUUAUCUUUUCAUCUAACAAGCAACACUGGUCCUGAGCAAGAGAGCCCUGACGAAUCUCAACAGAACCAAGAUGUGUUCCCUUCAAGUUUAGUUUCUUCUCAAAAUCCUUUAGAUUCAGACCGGGAUACUCAGACUCCAGAGAAUGUUUCUCAAAUGUCUUGUUCCAGUGGGACGUCAGACAUACUGACUGAAGAUUUUUCCUUUCUACCCUCACGUGACACUUUGCCUCAGGAUUCAUCUGAACCGGAUUUAGUCCAAAGUUUCGAGACAUCAGAGGUAGCUGUCCCUGAAAUGCAUGCCAGUGUAACGUUAGUGAAAAUGAAUGAAGAUUUGUUGCUGCCCUCAAAUGAUGUUACUCCUUGUGAUACUUUUGGUUUAAACCAGGAUAGUGAAACUCCAGAGGAAAUCAUUCAUGAACCAACUUAUGCCAGUGUGUCCCCUGUGCAAACGUGUGCACUACUGCUGCCCUGGAGUAUAGCUUUGCCUGAUGAUUCAUUUGAUUCAGACCAAGAGAGAGAGACCCCAGAGGUAGACACUGCUCCUCACAGUGUAACAUCAGAUAAAAUGAAUCAAGAGUUGCUAUUUUUGGCCUCCAGUGACAUUUUGCCCCAGGAUUCAAUUGAGCAGGAGCUUGGGUCUAAAGCUGAUGAUGUCCUGCGUUCAACCAGCAAGGAUGAGACCCCAGAUUUUAGGACUGACCUGUCAUCAGAGCCGUUGGUCUACUGUGAAGAGACAUUUCAAGACCUGUUUGGAGCUGGUGAUGUCGCAGCUACUGAGUCUCAAACAUGCAGUGCACCCCCUACAGAAAAGGGAGACCGGACUGAGGAAGCAGUACAUUUAACUGAAGUGUCUUUCUUAGACCUCUGCACAGAUGAAAAGAGUCAAAUUAAGAACCUUUCUGAAGCAAGCAGUGAGCAUUUCAGUGUGACAGAAGAGGAAACUGUGAAUAAGAGUCCUCCACGUGUUGGGGUUCCUUGUGGACAGCUGAUUGUGCUUGAUGAUGUGGAGACAGGAGCUGAGUCUGAGUCCUGCUCUUUUACAUCCUCGCCCCAUUCUCCAGAGGCUGUGCUGACAGAGCAAACAAGCUGUGUGGUUGAAGAGGCCUGUACCUCAGACCUAUAUGCAGGAGAGGAGUUGGCAGCUGAAGAGGAGAGCAGUGAGUCUGAAGACAGUCUGAAGCAAAUGGAGGAAUCCAGUGAUGACACGUUGACGGAGGAGUACUCUGCUGACGACAGUUUGGAGGCCCAGCUGUCUAAAGUCACUCACCUCUCUCUCAUCGUUGAGGACGGCUCUGUGCUGGAGCAUCCACCCGAAGAAUAACAACUCAUAUAAGUUAUUAACUGCAGCUUCUAGUUUUAUGGUUAUACUUUUGUCAGUUUGUCUAAGACUUGUUCCUAUUGCUAAACAGAUCUAUGGUUCUAUGGACUUUACAGGAUUCUGAAACAGUUCUGUUAAAUUUGCCCUCAUAAGAGAUUUGUAGAAACUGAAAAAAUAUACAAAUUUGAUUACUGAAUCUUUAGUUAAUAUCAAUAUUAUUGCCCGAAUUGAAGAGUUUUGUCAAUCCAAAAGCUUGUUCUCGUAUGUGGGAAAAAAAACCACAAUUUAUGU